AUGACUGAAUUCUAUACUUAUUAAAAAUUAAGAAAAGACUUUUACAAUCCAGUAUCCUUUGCUGAUACAGAUAUUAAGGUAUGUGGUUACUUUCCUUAGGUAUAAAAUACAAAUGAAUAUGUUUAAAGAAAUCCAAAUUUUAUUGAUUUAGAUAAUAUUGCAGAACUCUCUGAGCAUUCAGUAAAUACUGAAAGAGUAAAAACAGGUGAUAAAGGAAUGCUACAUAAAGAAGGAGGUUGGCCUGCAAAUGUAGAUCCUAGUGAAGCUUAAGAAACAUUAAGAUAUAAAAAAAGAAUAGAAAAAGAUACUAACUUUCCUCAAUCAGUAAAAGAACUAAAAGAAUCCGUAGAAAAAUGCAUAAAACAAAACAAUUAAAUCGACUUAUUAGAAGAAUAUUUCUAAGGUGAAGUAUCUGACCAUAUAGUUGAAAAUCUAUCAUCAAAGACUUUGAUGUUGUUUAAGAAUGAAAAAGAGGAAUUUAAGCGAUCUGUAUCAGAAAUAUCUUGGUAGCCAGAUUAACCUGCAAAAAUUGCUGUAUCAUACGCAAUUAUGCGUUUCUAGUAAAUGCCUGAAAAAAUGAACACAGAAGCCUACGUUUGGGACUUAGUAAAUCCAAACGUACCUGAUAUAAAAUUAUUAUCUCCUUCUCCCAUAACAAAUAUAGCUUAUAAUCAAAAGUUGAGCGAUUAAAUUGGAGGAGGCUGUUAUAAUGGUUUAGUUGCAGUUUGGGACGUAAGAAAAGGAGACGGUCCUGCAGCUAUAUCUCCUGUUGAAAAUUCUCAUUAUGAACCAGUAACUCAUUUCCAUUGGUUAAUGAGUAAAACAGGAAGUGAAUGUGUUACUACUAGUACCGACGGAAGAGUUAUGUGGUGGGAUACAAGAAAGUUCGAUGCUGGUCCUGUAGAAAAACUUAAUAUUGUAGAAGGAACUGGUGAGAAUGAAGAAAUUAUUGGGGGUACAGCUCUUGAAUAUAAUGUGGAAGCUGGUCCGAGUAAAUUUUUGAUAGGAACAGAGUCCGGUUCGAUUUUAACUGCAAACAAAAAACCGAAAAAAGCUGUAGAAAUCAGUCAUAGAUAUGGAUUAGAAUAAGGAAGACAUCUUGGACCUAUUUACAGUGUCCAUAGAUCUAACUAAAAUACUAAAUAUUUCUUGUCGGUUGGUGAUUGGAGUUGUAAAAUAUGGAAUGAAGAACUUAAAUCGCCUAUUAUUAGGACUAAAUAUCAUGGAGCUUAUUUGUCUGAUGGCUGCUGGUCACCAACUAGAUCCGGAGCUUUCUUUUUAGUUAGAAGAGACGGAUGGAUGGAUGUAUGGGAUUAUUAUUAUAGAUAAAAUGAAAUUGCUUUCUCACAUAAAGUUAGUGAUGCUCCUUUAACAUGUAUUAAAAUUAAUUAAUCUAGUGCUUAAAGUGGUGGAAAUUGUGCAGGAAAACUUUGCGCUAUAGGAGAUUAGGAUGGUACUGUUACAAUUUUAGAAUUAUGUGAAUCACUUUAUACUAUGUAACCUAAAGAAAAAGAUAUUAUUAAUGAAAUGUUUGAAAGAGAAUAUAGAAAGGAAAAGAAUUUAGAAUAAAUUAAAAAAUAAUAGGAAUUAGCAAAAAAAGGUGCAAAUAAAGAAAUAACUUCUUAAAAGGAAAAAUGGGAAAAAAAAAAAGUAGAUAUGAUUGAAUAGGCAGAAUAGAGUUUCUUAGAAAAUUUAAAGAAAAAUCCUGCUCUUAAUGUGGAAGAUGAAUUGGCUGAUUUAGAUUCUCCUUCAUCAAAAUUAAAAGAAUACAAAAGACAGGAAUCUUAAUAACAAAAUAAUUAUUAAUAAUAAGAAUAAAGUAACAAAGAAUUAUAAGAUGAAGAAAAUAAUCAAGAAACAUAAUAAAAUCAAGAAAACCAAGACAAUCAAGAUUAAAGUUAAUAGUAAGAUGAUUAAAAAUAAUAAUGAUAUUGUAUUAUUAAAUAUGACAAAUAUUAUAUAUAAAAAUAAAGAAUAAGUAUAUUAAAUAUAUAUUUUAAUAAUAAAUAUAAAACCUAAAAAUAAAUUUUAUUUUAUUUUUAUUAUUCCUAUUUUUACUAUAUUU